CACACACACACAAACUUACACACACUUGCUCACUGACAAGGCACUAUUCAGUGUCUCCACCAUGGCGAGGAAAAGGAGCAUGGAGCUGGUCAAGGAGAGUGGCUCUUCCCGGGGUCUGAGCACCCUGGAGAUAUGGCUGAUGAUCCUCUUCUUGGUCAUGACUGGUGUGAGCGUGGCCCUGGUUGUCCUCUACUUUGUCCACAACGAGGAAGACCCUGCGCCUCUUCAAGAGGGGCCGGACUCGGGGUGCGGCGGUCCACAGGAGCUCACGGCAGCGUCGGGCACCUUCACCAGCCGCCACUACCCGAGUAGCUAUGACAACGGCAGGAGCUGCUCCUGGCACAUUACCGUGGACCCUGAUAAGGUAAUCUCACUGUGGUUUGAAGAGUUUGCCUUGGAGGACACCAACUUGUGCACCGCAGACUUCAUCACGUUGCGAGAUUCCCUGGGAGUUAUCGGCAAAUACUGCGGCUACAGCAAACCGCUGCCUCUCGUGUCUCUGACCAACCGCCUGACCGUCUACUUCGACACCAACGACAGAAAAACAGACCAAGGAUUCAAGGCUCGUUACGAGGCCGUGUCUCCGGAGCGCACAUCGGAAAUAGCCGGAGCUGGUGGCGCUCUUCAUGGUGACCGGGGGGAUCUGCUGACCCCUGGCUUUCCUGAGCAAAACUACCCCAAUGGCGCGCUGUACCAGUGGACAAUCACCGUGCCCGCUGGCGAGCGGGUUCGACUGACAUUCACCUCCUUCGACCUGGUACCGGAGGUGUGCGGAGACUUUGUGCAGGUCUACGAUGGCUCUUUAUCAUUAGGUAAAUUUUGCGGGGGAGCCUUGCCCAAGCCGGUGGAGUCCAGUACCAACACCAUGAUGGUGCGCUUCAAAUCGGACAGCAGCAAGAGCUCCAGAGGUUUCAGUGCCACCUAUACAAAGUCCAGCCUCCCACCUAUUGUGAUCCCCACCACCAUAAAGCCAACAACCACGUCCAAACCCACCACUCAGACACUCCCGCCUACAACCACAUCUACCGGCGGUCCGGUUAUUAUCAGCGGGCGCAAGGGGGUCAUCCAGUCCGAGGGCUUCCCCAAUCCGUAUCCCGCACACCAGAAUGUCUCCUGGAGGAUAAGCGUACCCAAAGGGUUUCUGGUGAAGCUGCACAUCGUUGAGUUAGCCAUCACGGGAGAAACGGGGCAAUGCAAGGAAGACAAGUUGGUCGUAUCGGAUGCUUACAGCACAUUAGGCACGCACUGUGGCUACAUCCGUCCUCCAGUUGUGGUGGCCGCCACGGACACUCUGUCUGUCUCCUUCUCAACUGACAGUCGCCUCAGUGACAGGGGCUUCUCUGCCAAGUGGGAGGCCGCGUACCCCGAGGAUAUUGCGGAAAUCCAGGGAUGCGGCUUAUCAUCAAAGGAAGACACUGGGGUGAUGAAGUCUCCCAACUGGCCAAUGAACUACAAGGCCAACGCCGAGUGCAUGUGGAGCAUCGCGGCGCCACUUGGCAAGAAAAUCACCCUGACCUUCACUCACUUUGACCUCGAGCCCAGAGACUUGCUGUCGUUCAAGUGCUUCGACAACGUUGUGGUGUACGACAUUAACGGCUUGACCAACGCUUUGAAUCAGAAGCAUGGACCAUUUUGUGGCACCAAGAUCCCUCGAACCAUCCAGACCAAAGGAAAUAGGCUGGUGGUGCGCUUCCAUUCAGACUUGUUCGCAGAGGCCAAAGGUUUCAGAGCCUACUGGACUACAAAUCCCAGCCUGCCUGCACCGACCGAGCCACCUGUUCCACCGAAUCCUUGGGACGGCAUCAACAUAGACUGGCCCAGCACAUGCGGCAAACCAGCCAUCCCUCCCGCUAUUAUGUCCCGCAUUGUGAACGGAGAACCAGCCAGGCCGCACUCGUGGCCCUGGCAGGUGUCUAUGCAGGUAUGGCCAUCCAGUCAACCGGAACCAACUUUCUUCCACACGUGUGGCGGCACUCUUAUUCAUAAGAAUUGGGUACUCACGGCUGCUCACUGCUUCAUCAACUACGCGAACGAGCUGCACCGCUGGCAAAUGUGCCUGGGCAAGCACAACUUGACCUUCACAGAGCCCAGCGAGCGCUGCUUGGGUGUGAGGGGCAUCUACCGGCACGAGGGCUUCAGGUACCCCACCGUGCCAACCGUAGAGUUCGACAUCGCCCUGGUCAGGCUGGACGGAGAAGCUGAAAUUGGGGACGAGGUCUCUUAUGCCUGCCUCCCCGACCCAGAGGAGGUGCUACCCGAGGGAAAGAACUGCUACGCCACCGGCUGGGGGGAUGAGACAGGGGAUUCCAUGAAUGCCAAAGUGGCAGAGGCUCUCAACCAGGUGGCCCUACCAGUGGUACCGUACAACACAUGCAAGCGGAUGGACUACUGGUGGUUCCAAGUGAAGCCUUCCAUGAUCUGCUGCGGUUACACGUUGCCCGACGAGCUCAAGUCCGUCUGUCAGGGAGACUCCGGCGGUCCUCUGGUGUGCCAGGAUCAUCCUGACAGUCCCUGGGAAGUGCAUGGAAUCACCAGCUUCGGUCCCAUCGGGUGCAUCAUGAACAAGAAGCCCUCGGUGUUCACCCGUUCAUCUGCCUACCUUCCCUGGAUCAGCAAUGUUAUACGCAGGGACAUCUACGAGCAACACACAUCCGGCUGCGGCGGAGCAAAGGACUUGACGGGCACAGGCGGCACGUUGUCAUCCAUGGGCUUCCCAGGCAGCUACAGCAACAAGGCCCGAUGCCAAUGGAACAUCCAUGUGCCAGCUGGCAAACUGGUGCACCUUCACUUCAGCAACUUCUCUUUGGAGGAGAGUCCAAUGUGCUUGAGCGACAAAGUCAGCAUUUUGGACGGAACAGGAAGUCUGGGCACCUACUGUAGUCACAAGCCACCCAUGGACCUGGUGAGCGACGGGAACUCACUUCACAUCAGCUUCUCGUCUAACGACAAAGUGGUGGACACCGGCUUUGCGGCCACCUGGAAGGCGGUCGACCCUUUGGAAGCUCCUUGCGGGGGAACGUUCAUCAGUCCGCAGGGUGAACUCACCAGUCCUGACUGGCCAAAAGACUAUCCCGCCCAGGCAGUGUGCACAUGGAGGAUCCGGGUCCCCACCGCCAAAAGCAUCCAUGUGGUCUUCACGCACUUUGAGCUGCAGGCCGUCAACCUGCUGGGCAACUGUGUGGACUAUGUGGAGGUCUUCAGCGGUGGGAAUAUGACGUCACAAGGUCGUUUCUGCGGCUUUGCUCCGCCGCCCAAACUGAACGUGCCGGGCGACACGGCGGUCAUCCGCUUCUUGAGCAACAGCGCCAACCGGCAGCAGGGUUUCCGCGGCUAUUGGACCACUGACGCCGGCGUCGUCCCGACUCUACCCCCGCCCACACCCAACCCGUGGGACAACAUCACCAUCAGCUGGCCAGAGGAUUGCGGGAAUCCGGCAGUGGCCCCCAAUACGGGCGCGGCAAAGGUUGUAAAUGGAGAAGAAGCAGUACCUCACUCCUGGCCUUGGCAAGUCUCCAUGCAGGCUUCGCCGAUGUCUCCCAUCCCUUACAUGCACGGCUGUGGAGGUUCAUUGAUCCACGAGGAAUGGAUCCUAACAGCUGCCCACUGUUUCAUGGCCCCCCUCAACCAAAUCUCGCUCUGGCGCAUGUGCCUGGGGAAGCAUCACAUGAACUCCUCCAGAGACGUCCCGUCGGCGGAGGCGUGCUACAAGGUGGACGGCAUCAUCCGCCACGAGGACUUCAUCUACGAGGAGGACCCGAGUGACAUCACCCAUGACAUCGCCCUGGUGCAUCUGGCCACACCCGUCAACAUAACACGGGAGAUCAGCCCUGUUUGUCUCCCUCGGCCCGGCGUGGUGGUGGAGGCAGGGACCCGCUGCUUUGUCACUGGUUGGGGGGAUGAGAAAGGGAACAUCGUCCCCAAAGUGUCUGAAAAACUCAACCAGGCUGCACUACCUGUGGUGGAUUUCGAGACCUGCAGCAAGCCUGCCUACUGGUGGGACACGUUGCGGCCCUCGAUGAUCUGCGCCGGAUACGAGUCCCCGGAUGAGCUCAAGUCGGCAUGCCAGGGCGACUCUGGGGGCCCCUUUGCAUGCAGGGCCGGCGGCGGGGCCAAUGCCACCUGGGAGGUGCACGGCGUGGUCAGUUUCGGACCCCAGGGAUGCAUCAGGGACAAGAAGCCAUCAGUGUUCACGCGCGUUUCUGCCUUUAGCCACUGGAUCCAUGACAACAUCAGGAAGUUCAUGUACGAACGGGACAAUUAAGAUACGGUGGUACCUUGACUUACAAGUUUAAUUUGUUCCGUGAACAAGCAUGCAACUUCAAUCAGUUGUAUCAAAAAUGAAAGAGAGCACUC